AUGCACGCCGAGCUGCAGCAACGGCACCCUCCCAGUCGCUCGCGGCUUCGACACCUUGGUCUGCCAAUUUGGCCGCCUUUUCCCAGAGACGUUCUCCUGUCGCCCAGUGGAGUGCCGCCAUCCACCCAGUCUCUUCACCGCAACUCCUGCGCAGCGAACACCUUUCGAGGGCGUCCGCGGGGCCAUCGUUGUCUGGAACGACACCUUCCCGAAGAAUGGGCUCGAGUACGCAGCGGAAACCGACUGCGACUCGGCCUCGCCCCUCACCACGGACGGCAAGGGAUGUGGAACGUGCUUCAGCCCCCUGGUGGAGGUGGAUGCAGCUUUGGGGCAGCAUUCCGUACAUGGUCUGGUCCGUUUCCUGCUGGCGUUUCAUGCGCAGCAAGGCCGUCGGUUGGCUCUGGUCUUUGA